CGCCGGGCCGCGGCCAUGGCGGGCGCUACGGCGGAGCCUGGUGUUGGCGGCAUGGUGCCGGUGUCGGCGGGGCUCUAUGUAGGCGGCGCGGAGUCGUGCUCGUCCCCGGCGUCGCUGGCGGCCGCGGGGGUGGUGGCGGUGCUCACGGUGGACGCGGAGGAGUCGCCGGCGGUGCCGGGGGUGCGGAGCCUGCACGUCCGUGCGCGGGACGAGCCCGGCGCCGACCUGCUGAGCCGCCUGGACGAGUGCGCCGCCUUCAUCGGCGCGGCGCGGGCGGGCGGCGGGGCCGCCCUCGUCCGCUGCCAGGCCGGGGUGAGCCGCAGCGUGGCCGUGGUGACCGCCUACCUCAUGAAGACGCAGGGGCUCGGCUGGGAGGAGGCCUACGCCGCCGUCAGGGCCGCCAAGCCCGAUGCCGAGGUGAACCCGGGCUUCCAGGGGCAGCUGAAGCUGUACGAGGCCAUGGGCUGCACGGUGGACAGCGGCAGCGCCCUGUACAAGCGGUACCGCCUGCAGAUGCUCAGGGAGAGGUACCCCGAACUUCAAGACUUACCUCGAGAGGUCUUUGCUGUUGAUCCAACCAAUAUGUGCCAAAUGCCGAACACAGAGGUUCUCUACAGGUGCAGGAAAUGCAGGCGCUCUCUAUUCCGUAGUUCCAGCAUUUUGUCCCAUGUGGAAGGAGAUGGACCAACAGCCUUCGUUCACAAGAGAAUAACAGAGUCUGCACAGCUUUGUGGCGGUGGUCCCGAUAAGUGUACCUCUUAUUUCAUUGAGCCCGUGCAGUGGAUGGAGCCAGCGUUACUGGGGGUAAUGGAAGGACAGCUUCUGUGUCCCAAAUGCACGUCUAAGCUGGGUUCCUUUAGCUGGCGGGGUGAGCAGUGCUCUUGUGGCCGCUGGGUGACUCCUGCCUUCCAGAUUCACAAGAGCCGAGUGGAUGAAGUGAGAACGCUGCCAGUCGGUAACCUCCUCACUGCCAAAACCUGAACUCAGCGCGCCUCUUGAUGGACUUCCAAACAACCAGAGAAAUGCUGGGCAGCCUACGAUUGCCAGAGCUGAGGUUAUGACUCCCACCCCCUUUGUAAUACAAUGGAAUUACUUGAACACCUCCUCCAUUCUCACUUUCAGUAUCUCUAAUACAUGAUGUAUAUGCGUGUGGGUGUGUAUAUAUAUAUAUAUAUAUAAAGGCAAAGCAUGUCCCUUAAAGAGGUGUUACACAGCGUCAAAGAUGUACAGAAAUGCGCAUGUGAAUGAGAAUAUACUAUUUACAGAAGGUCUCAAAUCCUUAUAUAGAAAGAAUGUUACCACUUUAAUUUAAGGGUGUGGAUAAUAGUGCUACUAAUCUGAUACAGAAGUUCAGAACAAUUUACCUAAAACAGGCAUCUCAGAUUUUAAGAGGAAUAUUACACAACGUGAUGUAUGAGGCAGGGAGAUCCUUCAAGGCUUAGCGAAGGGCCGUAACACUGGCACCAUUACAAGGUGUUGCAUUAGCUCGUGUGGCAGCUAGUAGCACUGAAAAGCAAGAUCACAGCUAUAUUCCUGUUACAAUAAAGCACAUAUGCUUCAAUAUGACGCUUCUCAGAUAAUGUCUGAGGAGAUUGUGUAAGCUGUACUGGAGCGGGGGAAUGGAGGUAAAGCGUCCCUGCUAAGUUGUUUAUUCUAAGUUUAAAGAGACCCCAGAAUGAUAAAGUAAGAUUUUAAGGAAGGUGUAAGCUUUGCUUAUGGUAUGGUGUGAACACCAGCGUGGCACAGCUUUGGUUUGAUAUCAGAAAAUAGGACAGGUAAGGCCUACAUUAAAUCCAUUUUAUUCUCAUUGA